AUGGAAGCAGACAUAACGCUGAAAACUCUGACAACUAUCAACAUCACAUUUCUCUACUGGCGUCCUCUCUCGCAAGUCAAAGCAACCAACUUCCCGAUUCUGCUGCUGAUCUUGUGCAGCGGUUCUGCGCUCGACUGUGCGUACCGCUCGCUGCAAGGUAGCAAGGUUACGAUGGCAUCUGUGUUGACCGCUGCAGCUAGGCUCUUGCGGCCUAAACUGCCGGCUGCGGUACCCAAGUUUGGUGGUUCGUUGUUUUUCGCCAGAGGCGCAAGGUGGUGCCCUGAUGACGACUUCAUCAAGGAUAUGUCGGGAAUUGUCUUCGUUUCUGAUGAAGAAACAGACAAGAUGGUACCGUUGCCGCCAAAUGACUACUUUGAAAGACCUGAGAAGCAAGUUCGAAACAUGCAGAUCAACUUUGGUCCUCAGCACCCCGCAGCACACGGAGUGUUGCGGCUCGUGCUGGAACUGGAAGGAGAAACUGUGGUGCGAGCUGACCCACACAUUGGCCUCCUGCACCGUGGCACCGAGAAGCUCAUGGAGUACAAAACCUACACUCAGGCACUGCCGUACAUGGACCGCUUGGAUUAUGUCUCCAUGAUGGCUAAUGAACAAUGCUACUCACUCGCUGUUGAGAAGCUCCUCAACAUUGACAUCCCCAAGCGUGCCAAGUACAUUCGAGUUCUGUUUGGCGAGAUAACAAGGAUUCUCAACCACAUCAUGGCCAUCGGAACGCACUGCCUGGACAUCGGUGGCCUUACCCCCUUUUUCUGGCUUUUCGAGGAGCGAGAAAAGCUGAUGGAGUUCUACGAGCGUGUGAGUGGCGCACGCAUGCACGCGGCAUACGUGCGACCAGGGGGUGUAUCCCAGGAUAUGCCCCUGGGCCUGAUGGACGACAUCUAUGACUGGGCCACAAAGUUCAGUGAACGGUUGGAUGAAGUUGAAGACUUGCUCUCUGAAAACCGUAUCUGGAAGCAGCGUACUGUAGACAUUGGAAUCAUCACUGCAGAGAAUGCGCUUGACUGGGGUUGCAGUGGUGUCAUGCUGCGUGGGUCUGGCAUCAAGUGGGACCUGAGGAAGACUCAGCCGUACGAUUCCUACGAAGACUUCGACUUUGAAGUGCCUGUGGGGCUCAAGGGCGACUGUUAUGACAGAUAUUUAUGCCGAAUGGAGGAGAUGAGGCAGAGCCUCAACAUCAUCUACCAGUGCUUGAACAAGAUGCCACCGGGUCCAGUCAAGACAGACGACAACAAAUGCGUGCCCCCAUCGAGAGAAGAAAUGAAGACAUCAAUGGAAGCUCUCAUUCACCACUUCAAGCUGUUCACUGAGGGCUACCAGGUUCCUCCGGGUGUAACGUACACUGCUGUUGAAGCACCAAAGGGAGAGUUUGGUCUGUACAUGAUAUCAGAUGGAAGCAGCCGCCCCUAUCGAUGCAAGAUCAAGGCACCUGGUUUCGCCCAUCUGUCUGCCUUGGACUUUAUUGGCAAGAAUCACAUGCUGGCUGACAUUGUUGCCAUCAUAGGUACGCUAGAUAUUGUGUUUGGAGAAGUCGACCGCUAGCACCCAAGAACGUGUGAUUCGAAGACGUAGGCAUCUGCAGUUCUUUAGAAAUGUCAGUCUCUUGUGGCCUGUUUGUGUGGCUAACAAAUUGUGUAAAUACUGUCACCUGAGUUCUAUGCUACAGGCUUUGAAUAA